GCUCAGAAAAUCCUGGACAGAAAAUGGGAGCCACGGCAUUUCUAAAUGUGAAGCGUUAGCAGGGAUUUCUGCCAGCCUACUUGUGUGGCUCUCAGACUGCUCUGCCUUACGUCAGCCUACAUAGUUACGAAGACAGAGCGUAGUACCAGAAAGCCCCUUUAAAAGAUCUUGUGGUGUAACGGGACUGUAUGUACGGCACAUGCAUUCACACGCAGUAAUUCAAUUACAUGUUAUAGAGGGCUCAAGUUCUUUCCUGCUGGGGACCAGGCUCAUUCCUAAAGAGCUAAUCAGAAUGGAAGGAUGCAAGCAACUGAGUUCCUGAAUUCAAUUACUGCAUCACAUUGAAUGAACAGGAUUUUUCCAUACAUCUUUCCUUAAAAACAGACUUUAGCAAAAGUGAUUUUUGGAUUGAAAACGAUGGGUAGAAAAGAUGCCUCUACAGCAAGGACUCCUGUUGACCAGUACAGGAAACAAAUAGGAAAACAAGAUUAUAAGAAAACCAGGCCUAUGUUAAGAGCUACAAGAUUAAAAGCAGAGGCCAAGAAAACUGCACUAGGCGUAAAGGAAGUUGCCCUUGUCCUUGCAGCUAUACUGGUAUUUUUGUUGGCUUUCUAUGCUUUCUUUUAUCUUAACAUUUCCACUGAAGUUGACCUUGAUCUGGAUCCAGAUGAAAACUAGCAGAUGCAAUGAAUCUAUCAUCAAGAUUUCUUCAGCUUGAACAAGACUACGUAGGAACACACAGUCCCUUCACUGUGAGACAGUAAAUGAUGCCAUUUCUUGCAGUCCAAAUUCAUAAGCAAGUUUUGCAAUAUGUCAGUCACUUUUACAUUCCAGAUCUCCAAAAUAAGAGGACACUCAUGCCCGGCAAGUGUAUUUGGUUAACACCAAAGCCAGGAGCAGCAGUACAAUACAUGAAGUUUAUUGUUUACAUUAUUUUUUUCUCAGGCAGAGAACUUUGAUGUCAAAAGACAGGUGCUAUUGUUAUCGUGGAUAUUGAUGCUGACUUCACAGGAGGAGAGUCUGCCUUGACUAAAUUUAGGAAUCAAAGCUUCCUAAUAGCCAAAUUAGGUUCCUUUUCCUUUCCCAAAAGAAAGCAGAAAUGCCAAAUAAAAAGUCUUUUCUUGGUUUG